UACCACCCCGCAUCGUGGGACACGCGCACACCACACUGCAGGAACUGUUAGCACCGAUCAAAAGAAGGUGGCUCAGCUGUGUGCAGCCUAGACAAUGUCCGAAGAUUCUGACUCUAUAACAGAGGAAGAAAGAAGUUUGUUCCGUCCGUUCACGCGGGAGUCCUUGGCAGCGAUCGAGUCUCGAAUCGCCGAGGAAGAGGCCAGGCAGCGGGAGCUUCAGCAGAGAAGAGCCGAAGGCGAGGUACGGUAUGACGACGAGGACGAGGACGAAGGUCCUCAGCCGGAUCCGAUGUUCGAGCAAGGAGGGCCGCUCCCGGUCCGAAUGCACAACGACUUUCCACCCGAGUUGGCCUCCACACCUCUCGAGGAUAUCGAUACCUUCUACCACAAUCAAAGGACCUUCGUCGUCAUUAGCAAAGGAAAGGACAUAUUCAGGUUUUCAGCGACGGACGCGAUGUGGAUGCUCGAUCCGUUCAACCCAAUACGACGUGUGGCUAUUUACAUAUUGGUUCACCCGCUCUUUUCCCUCUUCAUCAUCACCACGAUAUUGGUUAACUGUAUACUUAUGAUCAUGCCCACUACGCCCACCAUCGAGUCCACCGAAGUGAUAUUUACGGGCAUCUACACAUUUGAGUCCGCCGUUAAGGUGAUGGCGAGGGGUUUCAUUCUGCAGCCUUUUACCUAUCUUAGAGAUGCAUGGAAUUGGCUCGACUUCGUAGUUAUAGCUUUAGCUUAUGUGACGAUGGGCAUAGAUCUAGGCAACCUUGCCGCUCUCAGGACAUUUCGAGUCCUCCGAGCCUUGAAGACUGUCGCUAUUGUACCAGGUCUGAAAACCAUUGUCGGCGCUGUGAUAGAAUCCGUGAAGAACCUGCGCGAUGUGAUAAUCCUGACGAUGUUCUCCCUCUCCGUUUUUGCGCUUAUGGGCCUUCAGAUUUACAUGGGGGUCCUCACGCAAAAGUGUAUAAAAAACUUUCCCGAGGACGGCUCCUGGGGUAAUCUCACCAACGAGAAUUGGGAUCGAUUCAAUAGUAACAGCACUAAUUGGUACGUGGACGAGGCCAAAAAUAUGCCCUUGUGCGGAAAUUCAUCGGGGGCGGGGCAGUGCCUUCCCGGCUACACGUGUUUACAAGGAUACGGCGGUAAUCCGAAUUACGGUUACACGAGCUUCGACACUUUCGGCUGGGCAUUGCUCUCCGCUUUCCGUCUCAUGACUCAGGAUUAUUGGGAGAAUCUGUACCAACUCGUGUUAAGAUCGGCCGGACCGUGGCACAUGCUCUUCUUCAUCGUAAUCAUCUUCCUCGGGUCUUUCUAUCUCGUCAACUUGAUCCUCGCUAUUGUCGCGAUGUCGUACGACGAGUUGCAAAAGAAGGCCGAAGAGGAAGAAGCCGCCGAGGAGGAAGCUAUGAGAGAAGCCGAGGAGGCUGCGAUAGCAAAAGAGAAUAAGCUUGCAGCUCAUGCUGCGGCACGAGAAGCUGCGGCGACUGCUGCUGCAGCUGCAGUUGCUGCGGAUCAAAUUGUCAAGUCACCGUCAGACUUUUCGUGUCACAGUUACGAGCUGUUCGUUGGCCAGGAGAAGGGAAACGACGACAACAACAAGGAAAAGAUGAGCAUACGUUCGAUCGAGUCCGUGAACGAUCAGAGGCACAUCAAGCAGAUCAAUAACAACCACAGCGCUGCCAAUAAAGUGCGAAAAGUCAGCGCCGUCCCUCGCGCCGCUAAUGGCCAGUUUACUUAUGCCUACCAGGAAAGUCUGCGGAAGGCGAGCCUGAGCCUACCCGGCUCACCGUUCAAUCUGCGGCGCAGCAGCCGUGGCAGCCACCAGUUUACAAUACGCAACGGUCGCGGCCGAUGCUUCGUCCCGCCCGGCGGCGACCGGAAGCCUCUCGUGCUGUCAACGUACCUGGACGCCCAGGAGCAUCUACCCUACGCCGACGACUCGAACGCGGUCACGCCUAUGUCCGAGGAGAACGGGACGAUCGUGGUGCCGAUGUACUACGCGAAUCUCGGCUCGCGUCACUCGUCGUACACGUCCCACGCAUCGCGGCUCUCCUACACGUCCCACGGCGACCUGGCGUUCCCCGGGAUCCGCGGCAUCGACAGCAUCGGCAAGCAGCUCACCAAGCAGGAGCAGAUCCUCAGGAAUCGCACCAACAAGCAGACGACGCCUGCCAACGGCCACGUCACGGACAGCAAUCAGAAGUCCUAUCACUUCGAAACCGAUCUGGAAGAUCCCAUGGGCAAGACCAAGCAACAAGACAAUCCGUUUAUCGAGCCGUCUCAGCAGCACACCGUGGUCGACAUGAAGGACGUGAUGGUGUUGAACGACAUCAUCGAGCAGGCCGCGGGCCGCCAGAGUCAAACGCCGGAACAAGGAGUUUCGACCUAUUACUUUCCGACAGACGACGAUGAAGAAGGGCCUACGUUCAAGGACAAGUUAUUGGCCGGAAUGUUCCGUUGUAUCGACAUCUUUUGCGUCUGGGACUGCUGCUGGCUCUGGCUCGAGUUUCAAAAAUACGUGUCCUUGUUGGUCUUUGAUCCAUUUGUAGAGCUCUUCAUCACGCUCUGCAUCGUCGUUAAUACGCUCUUCAUGGCGUUGGACCAUCACGAUAUGGACAAAGAUAUGGAAAGAGUUCUCAAAUCUGGCAAUUACUUCUUCACUGCAACAUUCGGUAUCGAAGCGUUUCUGAAGCUAGUAGCGAUGAGUCCGAAAUAUUACUUUCAAGAAGGCUGGAAUAUUUUUGACUUUAUCAUCGUCGCUCUUUCGCUUCUGGAAUUGGGUUUAGAAGGUGUGCAAGGACUGUCGGUAUUACGAUCAUUCAGAUUGCUAAGAGUGUUUAAACUGGCUAAAUCGUGGCCUACGUUGAAUCUGCUGAUCUCCAUCAUGGGCAGAACGGUGGGCGCGCUGGGUAAUUUGACGUUCGUGUUGUGCAUCAUUAUCUUCAUCUUCGCCGUGAUGGGUAUGCAGCUUUUCGGCAAGAAUUACGUCGACAACGUCGACCGCUUCCCGGACGGCGACUUGCCCAGAUGGAACUUCACCGAUUUCAUGCACUCUUUUAUGAUCGUUUUCCGGGUGUUGUGCGGAGAGUGGAUCGAAUCCAUGUGGGAUUGCAUGCUGGUCGGUGAUGUCUCUUGCAUACCAUUCUUCUUAGCCACCGUCGUCAUCGGUAACUUGGUCGUCCUGAACCUCUUCUUAGCUCUGUUGCUCAGCAACUUCGGCUCGUCAAAUCUGUCAGCCCCGACUGCGGACAACGACACGAACAAGAUCGCGGAGGCGAUCGAUCGCAUAGCACGUUUCAUUAAGUGGAUCAAGCGAAAUAUUCUUGGUUUUGCUAAAAUGUUGCGAGCCAAAUUCACCAAUCAGAUAUCCGAUCAGGCGCCAGGUGAGGGACCGUCCAACAGUUGGAAAGAAGAUGGGAUUGAUCGCGAUGGGGACCUAGAUCUUGCAGAUGGCGAGUUGGACGCAUACAGAGACAAGAAGAGCGCCAAAGAGCUUAACCAGCUUGAAGUUGCCAUUGGCGACGGGAUGGAGUUUACCAUUCAUGGAGAUUUGAAGAACAAGCUGAAGAGGGGCAAGCUGUGCAUGAACAAUACGAAGGUUAUCGGGAAUUCAAUAAAUCACCACGAUUAUAGGCUCGACAACGAUUACAUUAAUCAAAACGAGGAUGAUACCAUCAGUAAUAAAUCAUAUGGCAGUCACAAAAACCGGGCAUUUAAGGACGAAAGUCACAAAGGCAGUAUGGACUCGUUAAACGGCGAGGAAAAGAAAGACGCGAGCAAAGAAGAUCUGGAGCAGGAAGAAGAUUUAGAAGACGAGGGCGAAGAAGGGGACGAGCUGGACGUCGAGAUUAUACACGCGGAUGAAGAUCCUAUUCAAGCGAAUUAUCCUUCCGACUGCUGCCCAGAAAACUGCUACAAGAAAUUUCCAUUCCUAGCCGGUGAUGACGACGCUCCGUUUUGGCAGGGUUGGGCAAACCUGCGAUUAAAGACCUUCCGGUUGAUCGAGAACAAGUAUUUCGAGACUGCCGUCAUCACCAUGAUCCUUCUGAGUAGCUUGGCCUUGGCUUUGGAGGACGUUCAUCUUCAACAACGACCUGUCUUACAGGACAUAUUAUAUUACAUGGACCGAAUAUUCACUGUGAUCUUCUUUCUCGAGAUGUUGAUCAAGUGGCUGGCUCUAGGAUUUAGGAAAUACUUCACGAACGCCUGGUGCUGGCUCGACUUCAUCAUCGUCAUGCUAUCACUGAUCAACUUGGGCGCAAUCUGGGCCGGCGCAGCCGACAUCCCGGCCUUCCGUUCCAUGAGAACACUGAGGGCCUUGAGACCUUUACGAGCAGUCUCACGGUGGGAGGGCAUGAGAGUAGUCGUUAAUGCCUUGGUCCAAGCCAUUCCAUCUAUCUUCAACGUGUUGCUGGUAUGCCUUAUUUUCUGGCUUAUAUUCGCUAUCAUGGGAGUACAACUAUUUGCUGGCAAAUAUUACAAGUGUGUCGACGCGAACAAGACGACACUCAGCUACGAGAUAAUACCGGAUCGAAACGCCUGCUUCGCUGAGAAUUACACGUGGGAGAACUCGCCAAUGAAUUUCGAUCAUGUCGGGAAAGCAUAUCUGUGCCUAUUCCAAGUGGCGACUUUCAAAGGUUGGAUCCAAAUCAUGAAUGACGCGAUCGACUCCAGGGAGGUCGGCAAACAGCCGAUUCGUGAAACGAACAUUUACAUGUAUCUCUACUUCGUGUUUUUCAUUAUAUUUGGAUCGUUUUUUACCCUCAACCUGUUCAUUGGAGUUAUCAUCGACAACUUUAACGAGCAAAAGAAAAAGGCUGGCGGCUCCCUCGAGAUGUUCAUGACGGAAGAUCAGAAGAAAUAUUACAAUGCCAUGAAAAAAAUGGGCAAUAAGAAGCCUCUGAAAGCCAUUCCUCGACCGAGAUGGCGACCGCAGGCGAUAGUGUUUGAAAUAGUGACGGACAAAAAGUUCGAUAUGAUAAUCAUGCUGUUCAUCGGGCUGAACAUGCUCACGAUGACGUUGGACCAUUAUCAACAAAGCGAGACGUUCAGCACAGUUCUGGACUAUCUCAACAUGAUAUUCAUUGUGAUAUUCUCCAGCGAGUGUCUCAUGAAGAUCUUCGCUCUGCGCUACCACUACUUCAAGGAGCCAUGGAACCUCUUUGAUUUUGUUGUUGUUAUAUUGUCAAUAUUAGGUCUGGUGCUCAGCGACAUUAUUGAAAAAUAUUUCGUAUCGCCGACUUUGCUUCGCGUAGUGAGAGUGGCGAAGGUCGGUCGUGUGCUUCGACUCGUGAAAGGUGCCAAGGGUAUUCGAACUCUUCUCUUCGCCCUGGCGAUGUCGUUGCCGGCCCUCUUUAAUAUUUGCCUACUGCUGUUUUUGGUGAUGUUUAUCUUCGCGAUAUUCGGAAUGUCUUUCUUCAUGCACGUCAAAGACAAGAGCGGACUCGACGACGUGUAUAAUUUCAAGACGUUUGGACAGUCCAUGAUACUGCUAUUUCAGAUGUCAACAUCGGCCGGCUGGGACGGUGUUCUCGACGGUAUAAUAAACGAGGAGGACUGCCAGGAGCCGAACAACGAGAUCGGCUACCCGGGCAACUGCGGCUCGUCGACGAUCGGGAUCGCAUACCUGCUCUCGUAUCUCGUCAUCAGCUUCCUGAUCGUUAUCAACAUGUACAUCGCCGUGAUUCUCGAGAAUUACUCGCAGGCCACCGAAGACGUGCAGGAGGGCCUGACGGACGACGACUACGACAUGUACUAUGAGAUUUGGCAGCAGUUCGAUCCGGACGGCACGCAGUACAUCAGAUACGACCAGCUGUCGGACUUUCUCGAUGUGUUGGAGCCCCCCUUGCAAAUACACAAGCCCAAUAAAUACAAGAUCGUGUCGAUGGAUAUCCCCAUAUGUAAGGGUGACCUUAUGUUUUGCGUGGAUAUCCUCGACGCCCUCACCAAGGACUUUUUCGCACGGAAGGGCAAUCCAAUCGAAGAGACGGGCGAUCUAGGCGAGGUCCAGGCGAGACCCGACGAGAUCGGUUACGAGCCGGUCUCGUCCACCUUAUGGCGGCAGCGCGAGGAAUAUUGCGCCCGCUUAAUACAGAACGCCUGGCGAAAGCACAAGCAGCAGCGGCUCGGCGGCCCGAGCGAAGAGAGCGAUGAUCCGGACACGGAUCUAUGCGUACGGCAGACCAAGGUGCUGGUCGAGAGCGACGGUUACGUCACGAAGAACGGCCAUCGGGUUGUCAUACACAGCCGAUCGCCGAGCGUCACCUCAAGAACCGCGGACGUCUGAUCGCCAAAGUCGUCGUCGCCGCCGUCGCAGCUGCCGCAGCAGCCACCGCCGCCGUCCGUGCGCCGAAAAUCGCUCUAUCGCAGCAGCCGCAGUCGCAGCAGCAGCAGCAGCAGCAGCAGCAGCAGCAGCAGCAUCGUCGACGACGAUAAUCACGCGUCAUCAGCCGCUCGCACUGCUCGUGCGAAGUAGUGGCCGGGCGGGCACCUCGCGUGCGCUCUCCAUCGACAGCCUUAUAGUUGUAUAAAAUAACAAUUCCUCCAACGAGUUGCCUUUAAUCGACUUUAAACGAGCCACGACCGUUGGGAGAGAGAGAGAGAGAGAGAAAGAGAAAGAUAGAGAGAGACACGUCGCUUAGUUAGACGAGCGUCCGUAUAUGAAAAAGUACUACGAAAGAGAAGACUGCGACUGCGAGUAUCCAAGAUCCACCGAUUCGAAAGUAUUGCUGCUCUCGCUUGAUCGCCGAUCGCCGAUCCUUAAUACACGCAAUUUAUUGUCGUGGAUCGGCUUAAUUGACUUGGCCGUGGUGUCCGGAUUGCGUGUACGCGACGCAAGGUACCUCUUGCACUCGAGAAGAGAAAGGAAGAGAGAAGAGAGCUACGUACGCGAAGAGAACAAGAAGACACGAGGAGAAAUACGAGGACGGCAGGCCGAAGCGUCGCAACGUCCACUCCGAGUUCGACUUCCCCAAUAAUUGAAUACUCGUGGGACGCGACAUCGCGACGCGGAGAGAAAAAGAGAGAGGGACCAUCUCGCUUUUUCUCGUUUAGCCUCCCCUCUGUUUUUCGCCGUUUCGAUCCGAGAAAAAGGAGUCAUCCGCGCGCGGAUGAUGAAGAGAGAUCGCGCGUUAUAUAUAUAUAUGUAAAUUAAUUCGCGCGCGAGACGACGGCCGCGCAUCGAGGCGGCGCGCGACCUCCCAUGUGCGAAUGUCGGGCUUCUGCCAGAGUUGUCAACAUGGCCCAGAAGUGGCACAAUAUUGGCUGCCAAGACUUGAUAGGUGGUACUGCCCUAGUACGGAUAAACCACCAGAUCAAUACUGUACCAGUCUCGGUAAUUGGUACUGUACCAAUACUCCCAUGCAAUCAUAUUCUGUUCCGAGCCGAGUCUCGUCUCAGUACUGGGCAUGUAUUGAGUCGACUCGUGUCGGAUUACUGGGAAACAAGCAACUUUGUCUGCAGCACGAGUACCGGUUCAAGUAUACUGGAAGAAAAUUGGGCCAAUGUUACUGACACAAAAUAUUUUCUAUACCGCGAGCCAAAUAUCGUAUCGGUACUGGGCGUGCACUGGGGGCGAGACGUGAAAUAGUACUGAGAUGAUAAAAGUUAUGUUGGAUAAAAUCGUAUAUAUUGGAUCAGCACUGGGGCCGUACGUUGGUGUAUGACAACAAAUAUUUUUAUUUUGAAACAUUAAUUUAUAAUGAUUUUAAACAUAUCGGUUAUUCUAAUGUUAGAUUUGGCCCAAUACUGAUAAUGAAUGUUGUCCCAGUACUAAUACUUUGUGUCGAACCAAAGUUGGCAUCAAGAGUUGGCCCAACAUUGGCAAUCAGCGUUGUCUCUGUACUAAUACUCCGUGUCGGGCCAAAGUUGGCGCCGAGACUGGGACCCGUGUUAUCAUUCCGACAUUGUCCCAGUAAUAACCCCGAUCUCAACUUAUACUGGCCCAGAACGUCAGCCAGUACUGGCGACUCUGGCACCAGUAUUGAGCCAGUACUGAGCCUUUUUGAGAUUCGCACAUGGGUUCUUGUCUACACCAUCUUGUACACAUUUAGCUCAAUCUCGCGAAUCUCUAUAUCCGCCGUUUGGAUUUUUUACACCGUUUUACAGCAGUUAUAACCCGCCUAUUCGCCCCCCAGCGCGACGCCGCGACGCCUCAGGCGCCGCCGUCGAGCCCUCCGUUGCGGUGACACUCGCUUAUUAAGGAACGAUAUAUAUAUAUAUAUAUAUAUAUAUAUAUAUAUAUAUAUAUAUAUAUAUAUAUAUAUAUAUUGUAUAAUCGCGAUUGCGCUAGAGAAACGAAGAGAAAGUGGACGCGGAAGAACGAUAUGACGACGACGACGACGAUGAUAUGUUGAUAAUGAUAAUGAUGAUGUUAAUGAUGACGAUAAUGAUGAUGAUGAUGUCGAUGAUGUCGAUGAUAUACCGACGUAGAUCGACGCGAUCACUUUUCGAUUAACGACGAUUAGAGGACGAAGGCGAAAGAAAAUUUCGCGGACGGAAGAGGACUCAUUCGUGAAAUGAAAUGUGCGCGUAUAGUAGUGUGUUAUACAUUCGCUCGGCUUGCAUCUCUUGCGAAAAAAAAAAAAAAAAAAAAACGAUGCGCGAACGCUUGAUCGCGCCGCUUGGUUCCACAACCCCCCCUCUCCCGCCCCUUUUUCUCUCGGACCUUAUAUAAUUGUGCGACCUCGUCCGUCGGUCCUGGUAUAUAUAUAUGUAUAUAUAUAUAUAUAUACGCACAUCGUCGCGAAUCAAUGAAUUCUUUCGCGGAAAUGCAAAUGUCAAACACUCGCGCGCGUCUCCCGCGAUGUGCUUCACUCAUCUGUGGGUCUCAGAGAGAUUUAUUAAUUCUCCCUCUCCUCCCCUCCCCCUUCCGCGACGGUGUGUCCGCGUCUCUUUUUGGCCGCGUUUUUUCCCCGAUCCGGGUUUACACCCUCCGCGUAUGUGCGAAAACUUUUUGCAUCCCGACCGAGGGGGAAUGAAUCCGCUGAAAUCGUCGUUCCUUUUAUCCUCUUUUUUCGGAUUUCCCUCUCACGGAUUUAUACAUAUACAUAUAUAAAAAUAUAUACCUAUUUCUCUCUA